CGCUUCCUGGUUGCCGGUCGGCGCGGAGGGCGGGGUUCAGGCUCUGCGAUGUUGCCCUACACCGUGAAUUUCAAGGUGUCGGCUCGCACCCUCACCGGGGCCCUCAACACCCACAACAAGGCGGCGGUGGACUGGGGCUGGCAAGGUUUAAUUGCUUAUGGAUGUCAUUCGCUUGUGGUAGUGAUCGAUUCAAACACGGCCCAGACUCUUCAAGUUUUAGAAAAGCACAAAGCUAAUGUUGUCAAGGUCAAAUGGGCCAGGGAAAAUUAUCACCAUAACAUCGGCUCACCCUAUUCCUUGCGCUUAGCUUCUGCUGAUGUCAACGGGAAGAUCAUCGUUUGGGAUGUAGCAGCGGGAGUAGCUCAGUGUGAAAUCCAGGAGCACACCAAACCUAUCCAGGAUGUGCAGUGGUUGUGGAAUCAGGAUGCUUCCCGGGACUUACUGCUGGCUAUCCACCCUCCAAAUUACAUUGUGCUGUGGAACGCAGACACUGGCACCAAACUCUGGAAGAAGAGCUAUGCAGAUAACAUUCUUUCUUUUUCUUUUGACCCUUUUGAUCCCUCACACUUAACAUUGCUCACCAGUGAGGGUAUUGUGUUCAUCUCCGACUUCUCUCCAUCCAAGCCGCCCUCUGGCCCCGGGAAAAAAGUAUACAUAUCCAGCCCACACUCCAGCCCAGCUCAUAACAAGCUGGCUGCAGCCACAGGUGCCCAAAAGGCACUUAAUAAAGUGAAAAUUUUAAUCACUCAAGAGAAACCUAGUGCUGAAUUCAUAACUCUCAAUGAUUGCCUUCAGUUGGCAUAUCUGCCUUCAAAGAGGAAUCACAUGUUGUUACUCUAUCCUCGAGAGAUUUUAAUCCUUGACCUUGAGGUGAAUCAGACAGUGGGUGUGAUUGCAAUAGAGCGAACAGGAGUUCCGUUCCUACAGGUAAUACCCUGCUUUCAGCGUGAUGGUUUAUUUUGCCUACAUGAAAAUGGUUGUAUAACCUUACGUGUUCGAAGAUCUUAUAAUAGUAUUGGCAGCACUUCAAAUGAGGAACCAGACCCAGACCCUGUUCAGGAGCUGACCUAUGACUUACGAAGCCAGUGCGACGCGAUCAGGGUGACAAAAACUGUUCGUCCAUUCAGCAUGGUGUGCUGUCCUGUCAACGAGAAUGCGGCUGCCCUCAUAGUCAGCGACGGGAGGGUCAUGAUAUGGGAACUGAAGUCUGCUGUUUGUAAUCGUGGUUCCCGGAACAGGUUAGUGAACCGCAGCUCUGGAGUGUCACCUUUGUAUUCCCCGGUGUCUUUCUGUGGAAUCCCUGUAGGAGUGCUGCAGAAUAAGCUGCCCGACCUUUCGUUAGAUAACAUGAUUGGGCAAAGUGCAAUUGCUGGAGAAGAACCUCCCAAAGGCUCCAUCCUGCAGGAAGUCCACCUCAAGUUCCUGCUGACAGGACUGCUGUCAGGACUGCCCUCGCCACAGUUUGCUAUCCGUAUGUGCCCACCACUGACCACAAAAAAUAUCAAGAUGUAUCAGCCCUUGCUUGCUGUUGGCACAGGUCACGGCUCUGUCCUGGUGUACCAUCUCACCAGCGGGCUGCUGCACAAGGAGUUAAGUGUCCACUCCUGUGAAGUCAAAGGUAUUGAAUGGAUAAGUUUGACUGGUUUUCUUUCUUUUGCCACCUCAACACCAAACAACAUGGGAUUAGUGAGAAAUGAACUUCAGUUGGUUGAUCUUCCAACAGGUAGGAGCAUCGCUUUUCGCGGUGAACGUGGCAAUGACGAAUCACCCAUCAAAAUGAUUAAAGUAUCUCAUUUGAAGCAGUAUUUGGCAGUUGUAUUCAAAGAUAAACCCUUGGAGUUAUGGGAUGUUAGGACUUGUACCCUCCUUAGAGAAAUGUCCAAAAAUUUCCCUGCAAUAACUGCUUUGGAGUGGUCACCUUCUCACAACUUGAAGAGCCUGAGGAAGAAGCAGCUCGCUACCCGAGAGGCCAUGGCCCGACAGACCGUGGUCUCAGAUGCAGAGCUGAGUGUAGCCGAGUCAUCUGUGAUCAGCUUGCUGCAGGAAGCAGAAAGCAAGUCUGAACUCAGUCAGAACAUCUCUGCCCGGGAGCAUUUUGUGUUUACUGAUAAUGACGGCCAGGUUUAUCAUCUCACUGUUGAAGGCAACUCGGUCAAAGACAGCGCUCGGAUUCCACCAGAUGGAAGUAUGGGAAGUAUUACCUGCAUCGCUUGGAAAGGUGACACAUUAGUUCUUGGCGAUAUGGACGGAAAUUUAAAUUUUUGGGAUUUGAAAGGCAGAGUAUCCAGAGGGAUACCUACACACCGAAGCUGGGUGAGGAAGAUUCGCUUUGCCCCUGGUAAAGGAAACCAAAAACUAAUAGCAAUGUACAAUGAUGGAGCUGAAGUGUGGGACACCAAAGAGGUUCAGAUGGUGAGCAGUUUAAGAAGUGGAAGAAAUGUGAACUUUCAGAUACUGGACGUGGACUGGUGUACGUCAGAUAAAGUGAUCUUGGCAUCGGAUGACGGAUGCAUCAGAGUCCUGGAGAUGUCGAUGAAGUCCACGUGUUUCAGGAUGGAUGAACAAGAGUUAACCGAGCCUGUGUGGUGCCCAUAUCUCCUUGUUCCCAGGGCCUCCCUGGCCUUAAAAGCCUUCUUACUACACCAGCCUUGGAAUGGACAGUGUUCUUUGGACAUUUCUCAAGUUGAUUAUCCAGAAAAUGAAGAAAUGAAGAAUCUCCUUCAAGAGCAGUUGAAUUCAUUGUCAAAUGACGUAAAGAAGCUCUUACUUGAUCCAGAAUUCACCCUCUUGCAGAGGUGCCUGCUUGUUUCAAGGCUUUAUGGUGAUGAGUCGGAGCUACACUUCUGGACGGUGGCUGCCCACUAUCUGCACAGCUUCUCCCAGGACAAGUCAACCACCACAGCAGCGGCGCAGGAGGCUACCCAUCGGGAAACCGUGAACAACCCCCUCGACAUAUGUUAUGAUAUACUCUGUGAAAACACCUAUUUUCAGAAAUUUCAACUGGAAAGAGUUAAUCUACAGGAAGUGAAACGGUCAACUUACGAUCACACAAGGAAAUGCACAGACCAGCUCCUUCUGUUGGGUCAGACGGACAGAGCUGUGCAGCUGCUGCUGGAGACCAGUGCAGACAACCAGCAUUAUUACUGUGAUUCCCUGAAAGCCUGCUUGGUCACAACCGUCACCUCCUCAGGCCCUUCUCAGAGCACCAUUAAGCUGGUGGCAACUAACAUGAUUGCCAAUGGCAAGUUGGCAGAGGGCGUGCAGUUGCUCUGCCUGAUUGACAAAGCCGCAGACGCCUGCCGCUACCUGCAGACCUACGGCGAGUGGAGCCGGGCCGCCUGGCUUGCAAAAGUUCGUUUAAACUCCGAAGAGUGUGCUGAUGUCUUAAAGCGGUGGGUUGACCAUCUGUGCUCUCCACAAGUCAAUCAGAAGUCAAAGGCCCUCCUGGUCCUUCUCUCCCUGGGCUGUUUCACCAGCGUGGCCGAGACGCUGCACAGCAUGAGGUACUUUGACAGAGCAGCCUUGUUUGUGGAAGCUUGUCUGCAGUAUGGGACGAUGGAAGUCAAUGAAGAGACGGAUAUCCUUUCCAAGGGUGUUUAUGCUGAGGAGGAAAGAAGUGCCAUGGUGGGUUUUAGAAUUCCUCUUUCUUGUGCUGCCUAGGCAGGAACUGUGUUAUAUUGAGGAAGACCUGGAUUCUGAUUCACCAAAGCCAGGAAAGAGGGAGAAAGAGAGGGGAAAGAUGGGGAAGAAGCCCGCUGCCUCACUGGCGUUUGCAGGAAGGAAUGUAGAGGGUAAGGAACCAUAGUUGUGUAAUAUUGGCUUGAACUUCAGGUAAAGAUAGAAGGAAUAAUGUAGGAGAGGUUAGAGGGCUACUUCUUUCACAAGUAUUAUUUUGGAGGAAUGUGUUCUGUGGCAUAGUUCUAUGUAUUUCUCUGGAAAAUGUAUACUGGCAUAAAUAAAAAAGACUCUCCCUGUUACCCACAGCGAGGAGCCUAAUAUGGAACAAAAUACAGCACCUCCAAGACAUUUCAUGCAGGCAAGUCACUGUGGUCCCCCUGUAGCCAGGAACACUUUAUUUCUUCUCGUCACCGGAGUCACAUUUUUUAUUUGGAAAGAAUGGGCUUGAGAAUACAGCUCCCAGUUCCUCUUGUGUGCAUAGCCCUGUUCUUUCUCACUGCACCUUUUUCUUGUAGUGUUCCACUGUAGCCUCAUUUUACGGGCCACCUACUUGCUUUUGUCUUUUGUCUACAUUGUUUACAGAAUGUUAAACUUAAGUCUAAACUUAACCAAGAUCUUAUAGCUCGUCCCUGGUAAAGCUGACACGGGUUUAAAAUAGCCAUGUCAAAUAUCAGAACACAAAGGGACAGGGCUGUCUAAAGACUCACCCCCUAGAUAUUUAGAGCACCUGCUUUGGGGCAGACCCUCAUCAAUAACCCCUCGCUGAAGCUCUGUCUACUCAGAAACAGGUUUUACUUCCAUGGUGCCAUCUUACUUUUUCCCGUCUUUAGUUGAGUGUAGGUUAUGAGAGAAGCUGGGGGAUCGUCAUCGGGUCUCCUCCUUGAAGAAGCAGCUUUGGGCUCAGCUGGGUAUGAGGUACACUGAUGUUACCAUUGAGAGGGUGCCUUUCCCGGAGAGGAGGCCUGUGCGUUCCUCCAUGGCUGUCCACCAGGUGGUUCUGCUCUCGGCCCCUCCUGAGGAGCCUGGCAGAGCUGACUCCUCCGUUCCUGUGAGGAGUACGGUCGCAGCCCUUUCU